CCAAGCCAUCUCCAUUGACAUCAGAGCUAGGGUUUUCGCAUUCCCUUCUCCUACACGAUGCAAAAUUCGUCGCCCGAAAUCGGCGCCGCCGCCUCCUCUCCCGUCGCCAUGGACGUCGAAGCCGCAUCAGCCGCUCCCCCGAAGAAGCCGUCGGUCCUAUUCGCUCAAAAACCGAACUUCCGGCCGCUCUCAGCCCACGAAAUCUCCGAUGGAAAGAUCCAAUUCCGCAAAAUCUCAGCCCCGCCGCACCGCUACACUCCGCUGAAAAAGGCGUGGCUCGAAAUCUACACACCGAUCUACGACGAGAUGAAAAUCGACAUCCGGAUGAAUCUGAAGGCCCGCAGGGUUGAGCUGAAGACCCGGCGCGAUACCCCCGACGUGAGCAACCUGCAGAAGUGCGCCGACUUCGUCCACGCCUUCAUGCUCGGGUUCGACGUGAUCGACGCUGUGGCCCUGCUUCGGAUGGAUGAGCUGUACGUGGAGUCGUUCGAGAUCAAGGAUGUGAAGACGCUGAAAGGGGAGCACUUGUCGCGAGCGAUCGGGCGGCUGAGUGGGAAAGGGGGAAAGACGAAAUUCGCGAUUGAGAAUUCAACGAGGACGAGGAUUGUGAUUGCGGAUUCGAAGAUUCAUAUGCUUGGGUCGUUUGCUAAUAUUAAAGUCGCGAGGGACUCGCUUUGUAGUCUGAUUUUGGGGUCUCCUGCUGCUAAAGUUUAUUCAAAGCUGAGAGCAGUUACAGCUCGCCUCGCUGAAAGGUUUUGAUUGCUCUUUUAUUUGGCUUGAUUACAUUUUUGAUCAUGUGAGAUUUAUGGCCAAAUUUUAACAUUACAAUGUUUGCGGUCCUGUAUUUUGUUUUCCUACAGUUUUGGUGGUUUCUUGUUGAUUAUAGUAGAAUGGUUGAAAAAUAUCGAUUUAAAAGAUAAAUAUAUGUAAUAUGGUUAGAUUUCUAUCAUAA